AUGAUCGCUGUUGGUUGUACUGGUUAUUCUGCAUUUUACAUUCUUCAGGCAAUCACAUUGAAGUCAUACCCGGCCGGGCUUUCGCUGACUGCUAUGGUCUGUUCUCUUGGAGCCUUCCUUGGAACUAUACUCACAUUCUCGGUCGAAAGAGGAAAUAUUUCAGUGUGGGCCCUUGGGUUGGAUGCCAAGCUUUUGGCUUAUGUCUAUGGGGGGGUCGUAUCUUCUGGAAUAACUUACUAUCUAUCGGGAGUGAUAAUGAAGGAAAAAGGACCUGUUUUUGUCACGUCAUUCAAUCCUUUAGGCAUGAUCAUAGUUGCUGUUAUGAGCUCUUUCAUUUUCGCCGAGCAAAUGACUAUUGGAAAGGUAAGUGGAGCUACGGUUAUCGUAAUUGGGUUGUACUUGGUAAUUUGGGGUAAGAGUAAGGACCAGAAAGAAACCGAACUUCCUAAGCAUCAACUGGCAACGACAAUUACAGAUCCUUCGAAAAAUGAGGACUUCAAAACCGAUAGCGCAAAUUGCUCGAAGAUGAAGACUGGUCCUGAUGCUGCUUGA